UACACUUGCAUCCAAGAUGGGCGGGAAGUGCAUCACGAGACAGCUCUUUAUUUUGUUUAUUCUUGUUUGUUUUUUGCAAACACUCGAAUUUUGUGUCGGCCAGGUGUAUGAUAUCGACGACUCGACUGGCGUUGGAAGGCAAUUUGAUGGGAUUGGAGGUAUCAGUGGUGGCGGUGCAACAUCAAAGCUUUUGGUGAAUUAUCCAAUGAAACAGAGAGAUGAAAUACUUGACUAUCUAUUCAAGCCAAACUUCGGUGCUUCACUGCAUAUUUUCAAAGUUGAAAUUGGUGGAGAUUCUCAAAGCACAGAGGGUUGUGAAGCUUCACACAUGCAUGAAGCGUGGGAUGAAAACUACCAUAGAGGCUAUGAAUGGUGGAUGCUAACAGAGGCUAAAAAGAGAAACCCUAAUAUCAAGAUAUAUGCUUUGCCGUGGGCUUUCCCUGGUUGGGUUGGGAAUGGAACCAGAAACCCAUAUACCUAUCCCAACUUAACUGCUACAUAUGUACUGAAGUGGGUACAGGGGGCUAAAAAGUAUUACAGUGUUGAUGUUGAUUACAUUGGGAUAUGGAAUGAAAGACCAUACAGCACUACGUAUGUUAAGAUUUUAAGGAAAACCUUGGACAUGAAUGGUUUUACCCAUAUUAAAAUAGUUGCAGCAGACAGCUUAUGGAGUGUGGCAAACGAUAUCUUAAAGGAUCCAGCAUUUGCUGCAGUAGUAGAUUACAUAGGUGUACAUUACCCAGGUACAGUCACCACUGACAAAGCACUGGAGACAAAGAAACCAUUGUGGUCUUCUGAAGAUUAUAGCACAUUUAAUGACAAUGUUGGUGCAGGGUGUUGGGCAAGGAUUCUGAAUCAAAAUUAUGUUAAUGGUUUUAUGACAAGCACAAUAUCCUGGAAUCUAGUGGCAUCAUAUUACCCCCAUCUGCCAUUUGCUAAUGAUGGCUUGAUGACAGCAGAUGAGCCAUGGUCAGGCCACUAUGAGGUGUCCAGCCCCAUUUGGGUGACAGCUCACACCACUCAGUUCACAGAGAUAGGCUGGACCUAUCUGAAGCAUGGAGCAGGGGUGGGGAAACUAUAUGGUGGGGGCAGUUUUGUCACCCUACAGAGUCCUGACAAGAAGGAGAUGACUCUUAUCAUUGAGACCAUGUCUCAUGACCAUUCUGAAUGUAUUAGACCAGCAUUGCCACCAUAUACAGUCAAACCUCAGAAUGCUACAUUUAAACUACAGGGGAGCUUUAAAACUGUUACUGUUUUAAACUUAUGGGUGACAAAAUUAGGAUUUAAUGGUCAACCGUCAACACUCUUUAAGCAAGUUGGAUCUGUUAAUGUGCAAAAUGGAUCGUUCACAUUGUUUUUAGAAGUGGACAGCUUGUAUACAGUGACUACCUCAAGUGCUGGUCAGAAAGGAGUGUAUCCUGCUCCACCUGCCUCUCAGCCCUUCCCUUUGCCUUACAAGGAGGACUUUGAAUCCUACAAUGAGUCUGCAGAACCUUACGACAUAGUCCAACAAGUAGGUACAUUUGAGAUCCUUUAUGUCUAUGGGCACAGUGGACAUAGGAAAGUGCUAAAGCAAAGUGUCCUGCAGCAACCCUGUGAUUGGUGUGGGGGAGGGAACAACACCAAACCUAAUGCCCUGGUGGGGAGCUCUGAAUGGACUGAUCUGUCUGUCAGAGCAGAUGUCCAGGUGCCAUUGGUAAAUGCUACAGAUGGCGUGUUCAUAGCCGCCAGGGUGGACAGAGGAGGAUGUGAGACUUUUGCUGCUAAGGGAAUCUUCUUCUGGCUGUUUCCUACGGAUUCCUUUGGUAAUGCCAAGGUCUUUCUUACAAUGGAUUUGGCACGCGCAAUUCUGCUGGGAUCAGGAAAAUACAACAUGGCCAGAACAGGAAAUUGGAAUUCACUGAGGCUAGAUAUUGUGGGCAAAGCAGUAAAAGCUUUUGUUGAUGGCCACCAGGUGUUGUCCCUCAUGGCUCCUGACAAGUUACCAGCCAAUGGCUUUGCAGCACUGGGCACUGACACCUUUGGGAUUGGAUAUUUUGAUAACUUUGUGGUGGAAGCUCCACAGGAUACAGUGUUGAAGUACCAGGUAAAGCAUGCCUAGCUUAAGAACAAACAAUGCCGAACAGAAUGGUUUAUAUGACUGUUAUGUUACAGUGGGGAUUUCCCAGCAGACAUUUGGAUUUUUUAAAUUUUAAAAGAAAAUUUGAUAUAAUGAAAGAAGUAUUUAAUAGUACAUAUCAUUCCACAAUGAGGUACAUAUAGUUGUUGAUCAACUGUGAUGAUUACUUUAUUUUACAACAUCUCAAGCUGUAUAGAUAAAACAUUGAGCAACAAAUUUUUAAUUGGCUGAUUGCAUUGGUCUGAUAUUUAUAAAUUAUUUAAAAAGCAAAAUAUAUUUGCAUAUUGUGCAAAGUGUUUCUUUUCCAAUUGUCUGUGACAGUUACUUGUGUAAAUUUUUGUGUUACCUGCUCCUUAGAAAAAUGUCUUAAAUAAUUAUUUCAAAUUAUAGAUUUGAAUGAAGAAUAUAAAGGCAAUACAAUCAUAUUAGAUUUGUCUCUAAGAUGACACUAAGUAGCAAUUUUUUUUAAAAGUUAAAUUGGGCCCACCUUGGAGUAACAGUUGUGUUAAGUGAUGUAGGACAUUUACUACAGUAACUGAUAUCAUAUUUAAGAAAUAGAAAGGGCAUUGAUGUGAUACAGUGAUUCUCAGGACUAUAAAUAUUCUAUAUAUUGAUUUCUUCUAUGUAUUGAUAAGUGACAGCAUUCAAGGAAAAUAUUCUAUAUAUUGAUUUCUUCUAUGUAUUGAUAAGUGACAGCAUUCAAGGAAUUUUGGUUCUUAAUAUAUAGACUAUUGUCUGUCAGGUUCUAUGAUUGAAUGUUCCAAAGUGCCAUAUAUUACCUGAGCUCCCCUAUUCUUUGUAGCUUUUCCUUUUUUCACCCUUAAUUAUAGCAUUAUGCACUGAUUUUAUUAUAUGCUGGUAUUUGAAAAAUUCAGUGAACUUACAUAAUGGAAAAAGGGAGGUUCAAAAGUAAAUGCAUGAAAGUAAUAAAUAUAAUAAGUAGUUAAAAGUUUGUUGAAAUUAAGUAAAAAAGUGCAAUUUUUCCUGUAUCCUCAAAUUUUAUACAGCUGAUAUUGGGCCUGCUUUUAUUACUAUAUACAAUCGAAGUACAGAAAAUAAAAAAGACUAAGUUAUUGCUUUGUUUCCCGUUUCAGUUUUCAUUUUUACUAAGAAAUAAUUAGACUGAGUUUUUUCAAUGUAAAUAGUAAGGGAAAGAGUUUUAUGGUGCUAGAGAAAAGGAUUCUAAAAUGUCAGAUUACGUCACAACAUUUAUUGAGUUCUUUCUUUUACAUUUUUAUAUUUUUUUCUAUUCAUUUUGUUGAGUGUUUUAUCAGGUACUGAUCAUAUGAUCACAUCAACAUUUCAAUUCUUUGUGAUUUGUUUGUGCUUUUUUUAACCAAAAACUACCUUUUACUUCUCAUAAUGUUUCUGCUCACUAACAAGUGCUAUGGUCGUAGACAUUAAAAUUAACUAUUCCUAUUAAAUAAAAAAAAUGAUCAUUCAAAUACAAAUUAAGUCCGUAUAUCUAUCAUGGGAUAAGUAAAAAAAGGAAAAGAAAACUGACACAUAAAAUAAAAAAAAAUAGAUGUAAAACUGGCAAUGGGAAAUUACUAUUGACAAUAAGAUUAUAAAGAAACUGCUGUCAUUUAAUGCAUGUAAUGCAGAACUGGGUGGUAACUGUGUAUUGGCAAUAGGACAAUGUUAAACAUUUUUAAAAUCUUAUGGCUGGCACCAGUCUUUUAUAUAAAAAAAAUAGCUCUUAACCAUCAAUUUUACAACAUUCCACGUCAAUAUUUACAAAUGUUGGUUUUAUCAACAUGUUAAUUUUUGUAAAUAUUUGGUUCCGUACAUAUAACACAACACAGGCCUAAUUUGCACAAAAAUAUGCUUCGGAGAUAAUUAUUCUCAAAGUGACAAGUUAAAUGAAAAAAGAGAAACUGGUGAAAAUCACUUGUUCCUCUGUCUUACAGUAGUGACAAGGUGACAUGAAAAUGAAAGAUACUUGCACAAUUCAUUAACCAAUUACAAUACCUAACUUGGAGUUUAAAAGCUUUAGAGCAUGAGUGCAGUAUAAAUUGCACGGAUAUAACAAUUAUGUGCUGAAAAACCUUAUAUAAAAUGUGCACACAAAGACAAAACAACAUAGUUUCAAUUGUAUUCAUUCAAAAUUGGAUUCUGAUUUAAAUACCACAUAAGAAUAUAGUGCUUUUAAAAAAAGUGCAACUUUUCCUGUAUCCUCAAAUUUUAUACAGCUGAUAUUGGGCCUGCUUUUAUUACUAUAUACAAUCGAAGUACAGAAAAUAAAAAAGACUAAGUUAU